GAUCAAAAGCAAAACACCUGGAUCUGUCAAGAAACUGGUGUAAGCAAUAUCAUCAACGCUAUCAGAAAAGCAAAGCGUAGAUGUGCAGGUCACAUUUCCUGGCUAUUUGAUAAUCAUUGGACCAUCAGAGCAACAGACUGUGGACCCAAGAGAUUGGACCAGAAAACAGGGUCAUCCAAAAACAAGAUGGAAAGACGAUCUCACCAGACAGCAGAUCGGACCCUUACGGCUAAGAUUAGCCAAGCACAGACACCUGUGGGAUUGAUCCAGGGAGGGGUGAGUGAAUGCAAACCCUGCUGUUCAUGAUGAUGAUGAUCGACACACUUUUAUAUCUUGAAUUGCACAUAUAAUUUUAAUUCCUGUGACAUGGUGUUUUGCAGGCGGUCAGUGCAUGGUUAAACUUGCAUGUCGGUGUGUGUUUUUUAAUAAAUAUUAUUAGACAAACAAACAUGGCAGCGAAAAAAGCAAUAUUACACAGAAGGAUAUUUCUCGAAAUCUACUCAUAAAUUAAAAAAUUUUAUGGUACUUGGCAGAAUUUUUACUUUUAUCGUAGUUUAAAUAAUGAGAACUUUAAAAUGGAAUUUGAACAGAUGAUUUUUGGGACGCGUUUAAUAUUACAGACUUACAAUUAUUAUUUAUUUAUUAAUUACCUAAAAACCAAAAGCUGUGUUCAGCCACCUUAAUGGCCUAUAACUUUUCAAAGUCUGGGACAUAGGCCCAUUUGUCUAUUUCUGGCACAGGAGGAUGAAGAUGCCCCGAGUAAAACCCUACAAGAUUUGUAUAGUAGU